ACGAUACAUCGUACAAAUCGUACACGUGAUCAUCUCUCAAUCUCUCUGCAUCUAUGACCAAGUGUAUGGUGAUCGUCUAACCUAAACAUGCACACCUGAGGUAGCGGAGAUAAUUCAUAAUAACUGUCUCCUCUCGUAAUAACGUUAUUUAUAUAAUUUGUCCUUCCACUCUUUCGUAAUAUUGAUGACAAUGCUGCAGUUCAGCGCGAUGCUGUAUACUGCGACCGCCAGGUUUACACCCCGUGCAUCUUGGCGUUUUACUGCUCUCAUGGCUUGCAACUCCAGCACGGCGAUCACCGGCGAGCAGUCCGCUGUAUCUAUGAAUGAAGACAAUGAGGAUAAAUUUUUAAAAAUGCAAAACAUCACAAACAAAAUAAAAGAGCAGACUUCUAAUGAGGUGCUUCAUUCGAGAGAGGAAAAGAAUGAUAGAAGGAAACAAUGGAAUGGAAGCGACAUAUUUUCCAAACAAUUUCAAGUCGCCAAGACAGUAGAGGAUUUGUUAGAUCUGGCAGUAUUGCCAAGUCUAACUGUAACUAAUGCUUUAAAACUGAUAUCAAGUAUAACUAAUCAGAUAAAUAGUGGAAAAUUGCAAACAAUAAACAUUGAAGAUGAUGAAAGAUUUAUUCAUCUCAGAAAAAUAGUUCAAAACAAAGAUGAGAUAAAUAAUAUCAGAUUAUCGAGUGAUCUAUCAAAAUAUUCACAGUUAUCUACACCUGCAAUGAUUGCAGUGAUAGCAUCAUUGCGAGAACAAGGAAAGAGAAAUACUCCAUUGCUGAAAAUGUUAUCGUACAAUAUUGUCAAAUACAACGUAGCAUUAGAUAUAAAGCAAUGUGCAACUUUGUUAUACAGCAUGGCUGUACUCAAUUUUCCAGAUAAGGUUCUAUUGGAAAAAAUCACAUCUGACUUAAUGAUAUGUAUACCAAGAAACAACAACGCUGCUAUAAACAAAUCCAUAAUAACAUCUCUAGGAUUCUUACAUUACAAAAAUGAAAAUGUACUGGAUGCAUUCUGUGAUACGUUCUUUAUGACAUCAAUGAAUUACAAAUUUCUGGAUUAUUCAUCAAUACUGCAAACGUUUGCGGCUCUGCGACAUAAAUCGAAGAAAGCAAAUUUAUUUAUUCGGACAUUUGCAGAGCAUGCAAAUCGAUUUCAAACGACUUGUGUUGAAUGGUUGGAUAUCGUUUGGUCCUUAGCAGUUUUGGAUGCAGCGCAAUCGCAACAUAUAAAAUCUGUACUGGAACCUAAAUUUCUAAAAUUAAUAAAAACUCAUGAUCAGCUAAAUGUGUCAAAGAUAUUAAAAUUAUUAAAUAUCAAUGCUGUUGCACAGUUUGUAUUAAAGGAUUACAAAGGGCCUUUUUUGGAAAAGAACUCAGAAAUGUUUAAUGUAUCUAUAGGUAAAUCAAAGGAAAAAGAAAUCAAUAUAAAUGCUUUAUCAGAAGCAUUAAAGGAAAUAUUACCAUCUUCGUCUUAUUUUAAAACAAAUAUUAAUGCAAACAUGGGCUUUUUGAUAGAUGCAGAAUAUCGUAUAAAUGAUCAGUAUAGGCUUGUAAAAGUGGAAGAUUGGAACAAACAGUCGGAAAAUGUACGAAGGAUAGCAAUAAUGGUGCAUGAUUACUACGAUUAUUGCAUAGGACAAAACGACUUUAUAGGACCGGUAUAUUUAUACACACAAUUAUUAAAAGCCAGAGGAUACAAUCUUAUAUCAAUUUCUCAUGAAAAUUUUAGUAUACAGGAUAAUUUAAAAAAACGGAUCGCAUAUUUAAAACAAUGUAUGGACAAUGUACAGAUGAGAUCAGAGCAAACGAAAUUGAUAUAG